AAUUUGUUUCUUUUCGUAGUAACUUUGUAUGGAGUCUUUACAAUCCAUUUCUCUCCAAACGUGCCGUCUCGCUGCCUGCUGCUGGAGCUCCUGGACGUCAGCGUUUCAGAGUUGCUCUUAUACUCCAGUCACCAGGGCUGUUCCAUGUGGAUGAUACAGCACUGUGCCCGAGACGUGCUGGAGGCCCUGGCUUUCCUUCAUCGUGAGGGUUAUGUCCAUGCAGACCUCAAACCACGUAACAUACUGUGGAGCGCAGAGAACGAAUGUUUUAAACUCAUUGACUUUGGACUUAGCUUCAAAGAAGGCAAUCAAGAUGUGAAGUAUAUUCAGACAGACGGGUAUCGGGCUCCAGAAGCAGAACUUCAGAAUUGCAUGGCCCAGGCUGGCUUGCAGAGCGACACAGAGUGCACCUCGGCCGUUGACCUGUGGAGCCUCGGCAUCAUUUUACUGGAAAUGUUCUCAGGAAUGAAACUGAAACACACCAUCAGAUCUCAGGAAUGGAAGGCAAACAGUUCUGCUAUCGUCGAUCACAUAUUUGCCAGGAAAGCAGUGGUGAAUGCUGCAAUCCCAGCCUAUCACCUGAGAGACCUUAUCAAAAGCAUGCUGCACGAGGACCCGGGCCGGAGGGCGCCCGCCGACGUGGCUCUGUGCAGCCCCUUCUUCAGCAUUCCUUUUGCCCCUCACAUCGAAGACCUGGUGAUGCUCCCCACCCCGGUGCUGAGGCUGCUCAAUGUGCUGGACGGUGACUACCUCGAGAGCGAGGAGGGGUACGAAGAUGCUGUGGAAGACGUGCGGGAGGAGUGCCAGAAGUAUGGGCCGGUGGUGUCGUUGCUGGUUCCCAAGGAGAGCCCUGGCCGGGGACAGCACAGAGGAGCCUGUCCCCCAGACGGACAGCCUCACAGGCGCUGCAGCCCUCUCCGUGGGGACCACACACCCAGUACAAGGACAGGCCAGGAGCACCUCAACCAGGUCUUUGUCGAGUACGCGAAUGCUGGGGACUCCAAAGCCGCUCAGAAGCUGCUGACGGGAAGGCUGUUUGACGGGAAGUUUGUCGUGGCUACGUUCUACCCGCUGAGUGCCUACAAGAGGGGGUACCUGUACCAGACCUUGCUUUAAUCAGCAGCCUUGGGAGACGUCCUGCGUCUCCGCUUCCAUUUUCCGGUUAUUAUAUUCCACCCAAAUGCAGGAGCACCCCUUCCCGCGGGGGUGGGGGGACACCUUGUACAUUUGUUUCACCUGCUCACGGGCAGCUGUUGCUCAAGCAGUGACUGCACUGCAGACAUGGGCCCCGCGCAGGACGGGCCUCUCCCCAUCCCGGGAGGGUCCCUGCUGCGUGCAGCCUCGACACUCAUUAUUGCAUGUGAUCAUGAGUCGGGAGUGACGGGCCGUGCCCAGCGAGCAUGGACACGCUGUUGGAGUGGUGAUGUCUCCUGCACAGCACUCCUGUGUCGUCCAUGUCCUUGGCGGGCUGGGAGCUCCGUGACGUUACCUCCUUGUCCACACUGAGUUACCAUCGGUCCAGAAGUCCUGUAUUCGAAUAUUCCUUUAAGGAGCCUGCAGUGAGCCUGGCUACAGGCUUUUAAAUUAAGGCUUUUAAGCUGGAAAGCUGAUGCUUGAUGUUGCACAACCUGAUGUCUGGCGUGUGCUCGUGUGAGUGCAGGUGGGGGAGUUAGAGAAAACCUGGGUCGGUCCUUUUCCUGUGAGUCCUGUGAGCUGAUCCCGCCCACACCAACCCAUUCCCCACACAGCAUACCUGUAACGUUCAGGAUGUCAGCUUGUUUGAGAGUUGGCCUGUCUGAUGGAAGGUAAAUGAGAAACAUUCCUGAGAGGCUCAGAGCAAGUGAGUCUAGACUGGGUUCCAUUGAAAUCGCUUAAUUUAGUGGUUGGAUCAGAGGGAAAGUUCUGCCCCGAGCGGCUGCCUCAUUCCAUCUGCGUUAGACCCGGGUGAGCUCAUCUCUGCUGAAUCUCGUGAUCACUGCUGGCUCCCUCAGAGUGUUCUCCCUGCAUGACGGGAACUGAGUGGCCAAAAAGAACAAGCUCGAUGUUCAGUGAAAGCAGAAGAAGAAGCAGUGGGCACAGGGUGGGUGACGGGGGUUCUACUGUCUGCUCCCUCCUUCCCUGGCGGAGCCAGCGCCUCGCCCUCAAGGUCUGAAGUCAGGAAGGUGAGGCCGCCCAGAUGGGAUUUGGAAGGAAGGAAAACUGCACUGAGGUCGGGGACACGGGGUCACGGGGUCACGGGCUUCCUGUCACUUUACUGCAGAUUGUCUGUAAGGGUUUAAACUUAGGGAACCUUUAUAAAGCACUGAUUAUACAAAAAGUAGUCGUGUACAGAGUAUGACCUUUUUGUUUCCUUUCCUAAAUGAAAUUGCUAUUUUGUUUUUUUCCUAAGGAAUGUUCUUGUGUGUCUUGCCCACUGGAGCUGUGCAGGCCACCGAGAGCCCCGAGCCCCAGCGAAGCUUAAACUUCAGAGGGGAGUUCUGGGACCUGUGCAACAGCGACUGUCCCAUAGUUCAGUUGCUUAGUCACCAAAUUGUCUAGCCUCUUAGUGUGCACUCGGAAGCCCAGUUUUGCGUAGAGGCUGGUCCCGGGGGAAGUCAGCGGGUCCGCACGGCCCUGCGGAGGAGGAACUCUUCCCUGUGCCCUUGCAGAGGCCAGUUAGUGGUUUGAUUCCAAACACUAAUUCAAGAGAAUGAACCGUACGGUGGGACCUAAGCGGUCCUGAGACACAUGUUUGUGCGGGUGGUAGCUUCCCUGGUGAUGAAAAACCUGGUCCUUCUCUACCUGCCGGUGAACACAGUACAGGGGGAUUCUUUUCGAGGGCAAGCAUUCUAGGUGAGCACUGAACCUCGCAUUCCCCCGUCCUGACCACCAAAACCCAAGUCCUUAGAAUAAAUGCUGCAGUGGCUUCUGGCAAUGGCUGCCUAUUCCGCGCUGCGUCCUACAGCGCUCCUCCGUUCUCGUCUCAGUGCUGUGCAUGCAAAUAUUUGUGUGGUGUUUAACACACAGAGUGUCAUACAGAAGAUGCUGGUAGAUUAUAAGGGAGCUGAGGGAAUACUUGGUGAGCCUAAGUACCAUUUAUUGAAUUAAAUAUUUUAUAUUAAAGCCACAAAAUUGAAAAAAGAUGCCUCCUAUGAUUUAAAUUAUUUCCUAGCUCUUAGCCCAUUACUACCAAAGACAUUUGUAUUCUUCUCACAGGAUCAGAAAUUCAGUCUUAGUAUCUUCUUAAACCUCAACCAAAUAUUUUCAAAGAUGCCCUUUUCAUGAUUCAUUUAGGGUGAAAUAUAUGCACAGAUUUAGAUCCUUUGAAAUUAUUAAAAACCUAGAAAUUUUCUUUUUGAAAGGUGAGGGGUCAUGUCACUUAACCCCAACCCUUUUGGGAAAAUUUGAUCUCAGGUAGUUUUUCUUUGCUGAAUUAGCAUCUGUGCUUCCUUCCUUCUCCUCCCCGCCCACCAGUUUCUUUUUCUUUGUUCAUGGUUUCAAGGUGUGUUUUUGCCCAGACAAAGGCCUGUAAAUUGGUUCUUCUGUGGUGUUUUGGUUGUUUGGAGAGAGAUGUUGAGGUUGGCAGGUAGCACUUUCCCAGCUUCGAAGCGUCUGUAAGAAGAAGCAUCAGGCUGCACUCGCCCUUGAAGGAGACUAGAGACUCCUGCAGGGGAGGCUGCCUGUGGGCCUGGUGUCCCCUUGGGCCCGUCCUCCCCGCAGCCCUGAGAGCUCCCUCUGCUGGGCCCUGAUCAAACUGCGCCCUACACCUUGGUCCUGGAGCACACACUGCCAGCUGCUGGCAUGCUGGCUUUCAUUCACUGUUGUAAAGUUCCAUUGUACUGGGUUUAUAUUUAACCUUAGAGCAAGUUUAUUUUAAGGAAUGCUGCCAGAAACAUUGCUGCGAGUGGGGGAGACUGCCUGCCUGAGGCGGUUUUCUCUGAUUACCCAGCUUUCACCUGCUUGCACUGGCCACCCCUCCUGAAGGCCACAGCCCUCACCUGGCUCAGGGCUUGAGUUUACUGAUCAAAUGCAGGUCCCUGACACUUUGGCAUCAGUUUCUUUUUAGGUCUUAUUUUUCACUUACCAUUGGUAGGCCCGUCUUACAUAAUUUCUGCUACCAGUGACACCUGGCAGGGGGACGUUGUUUUUGAUAAUUUAAUGGAAACCAACACCAUCAUAACUGAUAGCAGUUAUAACAGUUUGUUUCUGGGUGAGAGAGUGGGGGAGACGCUCAGGAACCGAGGCUGGCAUGCUGGGUGCGGCUGCGGCUGUUCGGGGGGCGCAGGUGGGAUCACAUCGGACUUAGUCUGCAGGUGAGCAGGUGUCCGAGGUUUAAGCAAGUGCCUUGUUUCCUGGAAACACUGACACUCUUUGGGCUGGAAGCUUCCCAGGUGGUGACAAUGAAUGGCACCCCUGGCUUUUCCUGGAAUAACCUUUGGGUGGAGUCACAGUAAAAAGUCCAACGUUUCCUUGGUUUACCUUUUCGUGUGUGUGUAAACCUAUUCAUGUUUAACUUCCCCCAAUGUUACACUUGCUGGAAAGCCAGAGCCACCUGGUAGCAUCUGGUUCUUCCUCGGGUCUAGUUCCAUGUCUACACUAAGCUCCCCGAGUCCUGCCCCGCUGGCUCUGACGCAGCUCAUGUCGUUCUUGUCCAGGGGGCACCUCCAGACCAGCCCGGGGGCAUCUUUCCCAAGGUGCUCAGUGACCCCUUCCCCUCCAGAGGGUCGUCUUUCCACGUGAGUGGCGUGCUGGCUUUCUCUGAAGACGAAACACUGCAUCUCCCCACAGGGAGCCCGCUGAGCCUCCCGCGUCGGGACGAGCGGCACUGCCAGCAGCAAGGGCACAGGGCCCCUCGGUCUCAGCACCAGCCUCCAGAGUGCUUUGCUCAGUUAGGUCAGCUCCCUUCACCUGCCAGGUGCACCCUGUCUGUUAGCUCCUGUUUCAUGUUUGACUUGUUUAAAUUGUACAAUGACCAGUAGGUUCACAACAAUGGUGCACAGUUGACAAGUGCUGUGAAUAUUUAAAAAGGCAAAGCAAUUUUAACUAUUUCUGCUGCAAUUUUAUAGGAGCAGGUCUGUAAAAAAAAAUGUACCUACAAGCCAAGAGCACUGAGUUUUUUUAUUUCGCAGGGGGACCUCAGGUGACGGGCACAGCCUGUGCUCUCCCACAGGAAGUUUUCGCCGUCUCCUGCAGCUCAGCGCUUGGCUGUUCAGCACUGCUUCUGCGAUGACUGACGCUUUAAAUUUGCUUUACUUGUGCUUGUUAGAGAGUUGUCAUAACCAUGACAGAUGUGUUUGUGGCACCGUGAAUGCUGGCAUUCAUGGGAAACUUCUGCCUGCGUGGUCCUUCCCACGGGGCCCAGUGGCUGGCACGGCGGGUGUCCUAGCGACACCAGAGUUCCCUGAAGCCACACGUGCUUCAUGAUGGGGGUUCCAGCACUUUCACUUCAAGGCAAAGAGCAGCAUUCUGUCUUAUUUGCCUAUGACCAUUAGUCCUCGUGCAGAAUAGAGCUUAUUUUGUUAAUGAAAAUAAGUCACAUUCGGAAUAAGAAGAAAAACCCAACCGAAUUGUUAGUUCUGUUCCUUUUUGGGAAACCUGUGUAAACACUAGAGCUGUUUGUUAUCAGAAACACGGAUCGUCAGCAAGAGAAUUAUUUGUAGGCACUUUCGUACCCCAAUUUGGAUUGUCUUCCGCUGCUAGGUGAUCCCCAAAUAGUGCGAUGUCAGGACGGGAGAGCUGCCCGCCCCCCCCUCGGUCUGGUGUGCUCUGCAGCGGUUACUGUGCUGCGUGGGCGCCAGAGCUGCUGUGGGAGAGCAAGGAAGAGAAAGAUAAGAGGCAGCAACAGUGAUGAGGGCACAACUGCUUCCUGGCUGGUGUCGGUGACCUUCCAUGGAGUGUGUGACUGAGAGGUGUCUUUUUUGAGGUCCGGUUUGGGGCCUGUAGCAUAGUCCGUUACCUUCCUGCACAUUCCUCUAUUGUUCACCCAGAAAAUUCUUUUACGUGUGUGUGGAACCAGGUUGACUACCUUGUUCGAUUUGUCCUCAUUUUUAAAAUAAAUGUUUGGAGCCCAGCUUUUGUGCGUUCAGUGCACGUCCACGCUCAUGUAGGCCAGGGAUAGACUGCCCCGGGGCGGCCAGUCCCACGCUCCCCUGCAGGUGGGGCCAGUGGGAGGGAGCAGUGUUUGUUCAUGCGAAAGCUGAGCUGCACGACUGCACACCUGCUUGCAGGGGCCGAGCGGCCAUCCUUCCCGCAGGGCAACGCCCCAUCCUGCGCUCUUUGGGGGAAAUCUGAGGUACCCUGACAGUCCUUUAUGUGCUCGCCACCGCAUGCAGUCGGGUGGGAGGGCUGUGCUCACGAUGUGAGCUCCCUCUGUGGCGUGUGACUGCUGGGCCACAGGCGGACACCCCGAAAGCCUGUGGGUUUGCCCUCGCUGAGAGCUACUGGAAACGGCGUGCUGCUUCCGGGCCAUAGUCUCUGUUCCUGGUGACGUCUUGUCUGUGAGUUGUUUUUCAGGACUGAGUGGGACUGAAUGUCGCUGGGAUCGGUGCCGAGAAGUUACUUCUCAGAUCCCUACAUCGAUUUCUACUCGAGUCUUAAAGCUGUUUUUCUUGCUGAGUAGCAAAGAGCCUUUAUUUUCCACUUUCCUACGUACCGGAAGUAUGGGCUCUGUGUUGCUGUUGAGUGUAUUGUGUGUAGUUUUUGCUGACAACUUUUGUGAACACAAAUGCCUUGUUCAGUUUUGUUGUAAACUGACGCACCAUGAGAUGCACUGUUGAUAUGCUUUCUGAUGUCUGUUUGAUAAGGGUGGUAAAAUAAAGCUUAAAAAUAAA